AUGACUUCAACAGAGCAGCAGCCUGCGCUUGCGACCACGAAGCGCAAGUUCCACAAGCUCCUCGAUAACCUCACCGCAAGCAACUCGACGACUUCUCUUGCGAGCACUCUCCAAGAGUCAAAUGCAUCGACCGCGUCCCUCUCCGCGCUUUCGGAACCAGACAGCCCUGAACAUCCGAACAAGCGUCCGCGCAGCGCAAACCUGAGCAUGGAGCGCCAGAGAGGCAUAUCGGAAGGGCAGGAGCGCAUACGGCAGCUCAAGGAACAGCUUAUGACCCCACGGAGGGAAAAGACUAUCAAGGUCGUAGGCAAAACUGUAGUCACACCAAAAGCCUCGACGCCGCGCAAAGCACCCAACUUCCAGCCAUACAGCCAGGAGCACUUCCUCGAGCGACUGAAGACGUUUGCAGACGUGAGGAAGUGGACGACCAAGCCAGAUGCGAUCAACGAGGUCGAGUGGGCGAAGCGGGGCUGGAGUUGCGAUAUCUGGAACACAGUAGCCUGCAAGGGUGGAUGCGAGAACCGUGUUGCGGUCAAGCUGAGGCCGAAGCGGAAAGAUGCGAACGGGAAAGAUCUGGAGAUGAGCGAAGAUCUGGCUUUCGACAUCGACGACGCUCUGAUAGAGCGAUACAAGGACCUCAUUGUGGAGGGACAUUCGGAUGACUGCCUGUGGAGGAAGCGAGGGUGUCAAGAAGACAUCUACCAUAUCCCCAUCGCAUCACGCACCAAGAGCUCAGCAGAACUCCUCGACCGAUACCGCUUCCUCAAAGCCAUAGCCACCGACCUCCCCCUCCUCGAACACAUCACCUACCCCGACCCACCCAUCCAACAAAUCCUCUCCCGCAUCCCCUCCUCCUUCUUCACAUCCUCCGGCACCCAACCCCCGCUCUCCCCCAGCGACACCGUAGCCUUCAUCUUCGCCCUCUUCGGCUGGACCGGCGUCUCCGAAUCACGCAUCUCCCUCGCAGUAUGCAACCACUGCUUCCAGCGCCUGGGUCUGUGGCUCUCCUCCGCCACGCGCCUCACAGAAAUGAGCAAGAAACUAGAUGUGCCGAUUGAGAGUCUGCGACUUAAUCUCUUGGAGUCCCACCGCGAACAUUGCCCCUGGAAGAACGCCGACGUCCAAGCCAACGAAAAAGACAGCCCAAUCGCCAACAUGCCCGCCUGGCAAACCCUCCAAUUCAUGCUUCUCGGUCGUCACAAAGACAUCUCUACCUCUGGUUCUGGCAUCCACACCCCGUCUAAACAAACACCACGCAAAUCACACCAGCAACAUGCCCGAAACAACGAUAGCGUGGACAUUGGCAGCGAGCUCGAGUAUCCGCGCGGCAGUUUCGAUAGCGUCGAGCGGCCAAAGGAUACUGAGGAGGAUGAAGACGGCGGCCUAAGAGAGAAAUGGAGUAAACUCAAAGCGAAGCUGAAGCGUAGUGCGAGUAAGAAGAGCUUGAAGAGUAUGAAGAGUGGGAAGAGUGUUAAGAGCGGGAAGAGUGUUGCGACGAAAGCGGGGGAUAAAGAAAAGUCUUAG